AAAUGAGUAAAGCAGUAGAGAGCGCGCGGGUCGCACACCACUCCAAUGACCAAUCGCACGAGCCCCUCGACACACCCAAAACACCGUGUGCCAACGACUCUCCCUUGACUAAAUAAAAACUGACCGUGGGUGAAAAAUCACGACCAUGUCAGUUGGCUAAAUCACUGUGGUUAACGACACAACGCGCUCAGUGCUCCAGGUAAACACACAUUGCAGUUUUCGCAAUCGCAAUACACCUGUUCGACUUCCGGAACAAUGACGAGGGUUUUCCAAGAGCUGACGACAGGUAUGUCUCGACGCUCGGGAAUUAUUCCAGAUGAAUCCACCUUUAACGACUUUAAAAGACAGUGUCUGUCUACGGAAAACUGGAUCAGCAAGUAUGAUAAGAACGGAAUGGAGGUUUGGGUCGAAGGUGCUCCUUUAAGUGCGACUCAAGGGAACAAGGGCAACAACUCAAAAGUUCACAAAAUAAAGUGUCGAAUAACCAUAACCGAUGUAUCAGCUGCUAUCAUGUAUGACGUGCUUCAUGACAGCCAAUAUAGGAAGACAUGGGAUCCCACAAUGCUGGAGAGUUUCGACAUCGCUCGCUUGGCCCCUAAUGUUGACGUGGGCUACUUCUCCUGGCUUUGUCCGAAACCACUGAAGAACAGAGAUGUUGUGACCCUGCGGUCGUGGCAGGCGUCUGAAGAUGAGUAUGUGAUCGUUAACUUCUCAGUGAAGCACCCGAAAUAUCCCCCAAGAAAUAAUUUGGUAAGGGCAGUUUCCCUUCUUACGGGUUACCUGAUCCAACGGACAGGAGAGAAAAGCUGCGUUUUCACAUACCUCUCACAAGCUGAUCCUAGAGGGUCUCUACCAAAAUGGGUUGUCAACAAGGCAUCUCAAGUUCUGGCGCCAAAUGUUUUAAGAAGCGUUCAUAAAGCAGGUCAAAACUACCCCGCAUGGAAAGCAGCAAACAGUCCAGAUUACAAACCGUGGCUGUACCCCAUACAGAGCGAGCUGCCAAUGAUGGAUCCAGCAGAACUGUCAAUCCAGCGCGUUGAUUCACUCGAGAACGUGGACGAGAGCCUGACCAAAGAUGCUCAGGAGAAUGAAGACAGCAGCUAAAACGACUCAAAUAACGACCAGUCCUUUAGACUGCUGUCUUGAUGUGGUCCAUCUCAUGGGGUCAGUUCAGUUACACAUCACGUCACUUAUGGUCUGUUUCUUUUUAUUGAUCGCACAGAUAUUGUUUACAAUGGUUGUGCCCUGCACUGAUCGCAUUUUCACGUUGGCACGUGUGACAGAUGAUCAAUAGGAAUAUUCAUACGACCUUUACCACACAAUUUGGCACUGGCAACAAACAACAGAUGCUCCUAGAUUACUUAAAAAUGUCUAUUUUUCUUAUGGCAGUGCGCACAUCAUAAGUGUGUCUUUUUUGUGCAAGAAAAUACUAUGAAGUACUGUUGCUUAAGUUAAAACCCUUUUUAAGGUGGUUAUUUUUUUGUUUAUUUAUACUGAAUUAUUUUAAUUAUGCUACUUGUUGCUAUUAUUGAAAUUCGGUAUGAUGUUUAUUUCUUUAGUCAAGCAUGUUAUUUAAGCCUUGUUUUUAAAAAAAUCUCUGUAGUAGAGGAGAGGUUACUUACAGUGUCAUUCUUUUGUUGUGUAUUUGUUUGUAAUGUAUUUGUUUAAGGGAGUGUCCAUAUUGGCUUAUGCGUAAGAAUGAAUGAUUAACAACAAGUAACCAGGAGAGAAAACCUGUGAUUAAUGAUGCUUUACUAUGGUUAAAUCAGUCUGAGUGGUAUUACCUCGGAUUUGCUUUACUUGAAAUGUUUUGUAGCUUAUUUGCCUGUAACAGGCAGAGGAAACAUAUGGCAGGGUUACUUGUAUUUCUGACAAGUGACUUGUCUGAGGAUGGAUGGAUGUAUACAUUUAACUUGAAUUUCAUAUAUAUGAAGUCCUCACUCAAUGAAGGGAAAUAUGGUUUUAAUAUUUUUAAUAAAUGAUUGUCCGAAAAUG